UGCCCUUUCUUUUGUCGAUCUUCCAGCUCGUAAGUCCUCAAAUCCCGAAACGAUGAUGAAAGAAUCGCUUGGAACAGGUCCGGAAGUUUCGAAUCAAAGAAAUGGCAAGGGCGAUGGAACAACGAGCGCUGGGGCGUGGGCGAUCCGAUCGCGCAGCCCACGUCGUUGGCUGGACGUCGACGUCCACCUCUGGAAAUGCCGUGAGCUCCACUCCCACUGGCUUGGCGGCGAGCUGCUCUCUCGGGCCUCUUUUGCGCAUCGAUCAACUUCCUCGAAUUGGUUCUCGUCGAGGCCCGAGGCAAACCGGACAGGAGGAGGAGGAGCUUUCGACGCUCCUGGCAUGAAGAGGGUGGUGAAAGGAAAGAAAUGGAGCAAGAGCGAGCACUCCCGAGAGAAGCACUCUGUAGAACGCCACGGCUCACGCCAUGGCUCACGCUUCUCCCAUGUAGAGACAAGGCUGGGCUCACGACGCUCCUGGACAGGCAGACGAUUUACAGUGGUAUGUACCAUUCCCAGAGGCUGCUUAUCACUUCCGGUGACUUCGAUCGGGACGAAGAAGGCACGACAUUGGAGCAGGUUGUUUUCCGAAAGCUGCAAGACUGGAGACUCUCCAGCAUGUUUGGCUCAAAGCUGUGUCUAUCUGGAGCUGGAGGAGAGCUUGGCGAAGCACUUGGCUGGAGAUCUCAGCGAAGAAACAGGCAUCAACUUCGCGGACAGUCGUGUUUUCAGUCUCAGCCCUGCUCCAAGUCGGGUGUUUGUGUCCUCCUCAGGCUCUCUUUUGCUGGCACACACAGCGAGCUUGAUCUCGGCAUCACUUGGACAGCCCCGGUGGAUUGGUCUCCGGCUCGGGCUCAGUUCUACACAAGCUGGUACUUGGCUGGCAGCGGGAAUGCAAGGGGAUCCAUCGUGAUUUCGUUUCGGGCAAAUGAUGGUUCUUCCCGGGACUGUUACUCUCCAGGCAUCGAGGCAGCCGAGGAUGAUACCGAGGUAUGUUCGUUUGAAUGGCCACACGCUACAGGUUUCGUUGGAUUGCCGAAACGUGGAGUUUUGGGACUGAUGAGAUUCACACCAGCAGAAGAUCGCAAAGCUCCUGCGGCUGUGGAGAUUGCUCUGCGAGUUUCUAUUGCAACCCAGGCCAUAACUCUUGACGAUCCAUUACCACGAUGAUCGAUUCAGAACCCAAGAGGGGGCUUUGCCAAGGACGAAACGCCGAGCAGCACGAAUGCGGGGAAUAAUCUCGUCUGGUGGGCGAUCUAACAAAAACGCCAUGGAUUUCGCAAAGACCCCUGUCAUAUGGUUCAAGUACAUGGUAUGAUUUUUUUAUUACGGGAACCCGGUUGCCGAGAUGAUGGCUAUCAGGUAAGUGUAGAGGUAAACCGUUGUAGAAGACCCGGGUUCGAUGCCGAAGGGUCCACUCAACAAGGACUUUUAUGCAAAAAUUUUGCUAAAUAAGGAGCCAUUAUUCUGGUU